GCCGUCAACACGCUGCUCCAGAAGGCCAGCCGGGAGGCGAUGGGAGGCCUCACCACCGACCUUGAGAACAUCCAGAAGGAGAUGGCCGAGGCGAGCAGCAGCCUGCAGGCGCGGGAGGGCCCAGCGGCGCCCCAGCCAGUGUCGAGCCGCCCAGAGCAGCUGGAGCCGAGAGCGCCCCAGUGGUGCCCGACAAGAAGGAAGCCCUGCAGCAGGAGGUGGGCGCGGAGAUCCAGCGGGUGCGGCAGAGAGUCCAGCAGUCACUUUGACGUCAGCGAGGCUCAGAGUCGGGACUACACGCUGUACAUGAGGAACCUGUCCAGGUUCGGACCCACAGCCAAGCACCUCCUGCAGAAGCGCGAGCAUGACUUCUACGUCCUGCCAGAAGUACACAC